CGCCUUCCUUACAUGAUUUUACAAAACCUAACAUUAUGCAUAAAAAGUCAACCUUUAUGAAACUUUAUGUAUGAAAAUACAAAAUACAUGAUUAAAAUGUCUUAUUUCCCCGCAGUCAUUGUCCUGGGAUAAGAGAGAGUAAAAUAAGUUACCAUCUAAAGAAGACCAAGCACAAAACGUGAAGAGAAAGGCGUAUACGGUAAUAAACGGUCGGGUGAUUGGAACAGGAGUCAAUGCUCAUUGAUAAGGGUGAAAAUCCCUUGAUCCAAGAAACCAAGAUGCAGAAAACAGCUUAUUAUGAAAACUCUGGAUUGUUUGGAGGGUACACUUAUGCCAAGCCAGAAACAUACAGCUACAAUACAAGCCACCAGCCCUAUUCCCAAUCUGCUUUGGAGAAUGAUUAUCCCAGUUCAGCCUGUUCAAUUCAACCAUCUGCAAUAAGAGCUCCUAACCAUAAGACUGGUGAUCUUAGUGGCAGCUGCAUGAGGACAACAUCAAAUCAGAAUGCAAAUCAGACACCCAGUAUUAAUGAUCAACCUCACCAAGCACCAUCUCUUCCCCCCUCCUCGCCAAGUCAUGGCACCUCAACUCAGAAAAAGAGUAAAUCCUCCAAUUCAUCUAAUUCUUCCCAGGCUACUAUCAGUAAACAGAUAUUCCCAUGGAUGAAGGAGUCAAGACAAAAUUCCAAACAAAAAAAUGCCAGCACCCCUCCAGGAGAAAACUGCGAGGAGAAGAGCCCCACGGGUCCCUCAUCCAAGAGGGUCCGCACCGCGUAUACCAGCGCCCAGCUGGUGGAGCUGGAGAAAGAGUUUCACUUUAACCGCUACCUCUGCCGCCCACGCAGGGUGGAGAUGGCCAAUCUCCUGAACCUCACCGAGCGGCAGAUCAAGAUCUGGUUCCAGAACCGCCGAAUGAAGUACAAGAAGGACCAGAAAGCUAAAGGGAUCAUGCAUUCUCCUGCCGGCCAGUCCCCAGACCGCAGUCCGCCCCUAAGUGGAUCCAACCACGUGGGUUAUUCUAGUCAACUGCCGACAGUUAAUAGCCUAAACUAUGAUGCUCCUUCUCCAACAUCGUUUGCCAAAUCACAGCAAAACAUGUAUGGCUUGGCUGCUUACACUGCACCCCUCAGCAGCUGCUUACCCCAGCAAAAAAGAUACCCGGGUGCAGAAUAUGACCAUCACACAAUGCAAAGUAACAGUGGCUUUGCCAAUCCCAAUCUGCAGGGCAGCCCUGUUUAUGUUGGAGGGAACUUUGUUGAUUCUAUGCCAGCUUCUGGUCCGAUGUUUAACGUUGGACAUCUCUCCCACCCCUCAUCUGCUAGUGUGGACUACAGCUGUGCCGCCCAAAUCCCAGCCAACCAUCACCACGGACCCUGCGACCCUCAUCCCACAUACACAGAUUUAAGCUCCCAUCACACGACUCAGGGAAGAAUGCAAGAAGCGCCCAAACUAACGCAUCUGUAACGAACGGGCGGAGAGGAGACAAACGCAGACGGGAGACGUACUCAUUAAAUUACCUCACUUUUUUUGUCAGAAAGAAAUUGUUACUGUACCUAAUUCUAAGCGUGCCAACAAUUGAAAGGAAUGUUUUGUCAAUGGCCAGCUCCAUUCCUCUUUGAAACCCCCACAAGACAAUGAUACAGACAAUAUUUUACGUAUUUUAAGCAUGACAGUGCAAUAAAGUAGGAACCAAGGCACAAAAAAACUAUUAAUGAUGUACUUGAAGGUAAGUCUAAUAGAGAAUUUAGUAUUAGCCAGGGUCAUGCAAGGGUGUUUUUGUACCAAAUGGGCAGCAAAGCAGAUGUGGCUUGCAUAGAACUCUUUAUUUAUGAAUAUAGCAAUGUUGGAAGUGCAUUGAAAUAAGUGAUAUGUAUUUAUUUCAAGAGCAGAAUUGUGAGAAAAAAAAAAACAAGAAAAAUGAGAAAAAAAAACAUUUUUGUAUUAUUAUUUAUCAUUGUCUCAAUGUAUUUAUGUGGAUAUUUGUAAACGUUACUCAGCAUAACUUGGAAGAAUGAUUUAGGUCCAUUGUGGCUACAUUUCCACCUCUUUACUUUUUAUAUUUUAUAUUAUUAUUAUUUUUGGUCGGAAAAAUGAGAGAUUAGUUCUAAGCAGUUGUAUCUGUGGCUGGUGUAUGUAGUGUAUGUAAGGGUUAAUUAAGGCAGCACAUUGUAAUUCAAUGAUUCAAAAAAAUGUAGUAAUCUCACAAUGGGCAUUUGACAUUUUGAAAAGUUAUAAAUUACUUUUUUUAUUGUCUGGUAUCAUUUCAUUAGUAUUUAGAAUAAACGGUAUAUAAACAUGUGUAUCUGAAUAAACAUAAAGCUAAUAGCAGAUCACAGGGCCCCAGAAUUAUUCCAUAUGCUUCAUAUGGGCCUCUAUUGCACACAGGUGUCCAUCAUAUGAAUAUACCAUUUACUAGGUUAGACCAAUAUCUCCAACAAUUUUAAUGCUGUGAGGAAUCUUUUGAAUUACAUACUUGUUUGCUAUAACACCUCUUUUUUAAUGGCUUCUUCAUUGUUUAUGUGGCUUUCAUUGUGAUUAAAUGAAAGUUUGUAUAUUAAAUGUAUAUUUGGAACUCUAAUGCUACCGAUUUUUGAAAAAAACAAACAAACAAAAAGAUUAAAAAAAGACAAUCAAAAAUGUAAAAAAAUGAACAGAAUAGCCCAAUGUUUUAAAAUGUUAACAUGGAAUAUUGUUAAAAGGGCUUUUUGAAACAAUGGAAUUUCGUUUACAGGGUAAAAAAACCCCACAGUAUUAUGUAGGGUUAACACAUAAAUUAUAAUAAUAAAAAAGGAAAUAAAGAAAAAAGUUGUUUUUUUUAAAAAAAUAAUUAAAGAUUACUGCAAAUAUGGGUGGUAUUUAUUUACAAUGGGGUGCAAACAGGGGAGGGAGGGAUACAUGAACAGCCCACAGUUAAGAAUUCAUUAUUUACUACUCAAAGCAAUAGGCUUCCUACGCAUUCCUGUUUGUUUGGCAAAGAUACAUAACUCCUACACUUACCAUGAAAAGAAAUCCAGUUCUUGUUGAGUGAAUAUUUGACCCCUAAUGUUCUUAGCAAAAGCCUGUCUGUGACCGCUCCUAAGUAAGCACUGAAAAACCUGUUUAUUGUUUCAUUAAGACUUCAGGAAGAACAUACAGACCCAACAUAAAUUGUAUAUUUGAAAAACCUUAAAUUGUCCAAAUAAAAAUAACGAUGUACAA